AUGAAGGGCGGUAGGAAGAACCUGUGGCGCGCGUGCGGGGAGGGCACCGCGGUGACGCUGGCGGAGGGCGAGAGCAUCAUGCAGGUCGUCACGCUACGCGGCUCAAACCUCAUCGAGGUGACCGACGGCGAGGGCGUCAAGUCUCACAAGAGCUUCUGGAUCAAGAACGGGAAUUUCGUGGUUCUGGAUGCUAUUGGCAGGGACGAGGCUCUCGAAUCUGGAAGCAAGAUAGCCUGUGUCGUCUCACGCGUCCUCUUUCACGACCAGGUUCGCGCCCUCGAGAAAUCCGGCCAAUGGCCGGCUAUCUUCAAGUCAAGUCCCAAUGGGUGGGCGACAGGGCCACAAGGAACGACAUCACAGGCUGAGGAAGAGCACAACUCUGAUGAAGACGACGAUGAUCAUAUGCCGCCACUUGAGGCAAACAUGAACAAAAAAUAG